GUAGGCUGCAGGCAACUUAUAUCCUUUUAUUUUUUUAACCCAAAUUCAUUAAUCUCUAAAUUGAAAAUCUGCAGCUUUCAAUCAACAAACUCAGCCAAAAAUGGCUGCCCUCCACUUAAGCUUCCUCUCACAGUCUCCUCCUUCUCUUCAAUUCAAAUCUUCCUCCCUAGAUCUUCAGCUCUCUACUUAUCCCGCCGCUCCGACUCUCCGUUUCCCUUCCAUCCACAACCGCCGCCGCCGCUGCUGCUGGAGGUCUCUUCAUCUGGUCAACGCCACUCUCUCUGCUGCUGUAGAGACUAUCGAUGGUACCGCCAGCCGUGAGAAGACACCGCUACUUGAGGUGAAAGAUUUAACUGCAGUUAUUGCUGAAUCGAAGCAGGAGAUUCUCAAGGGCGUGAAUCUUGUUGUCCAUGAAGGAGAGGUUCAUGCUGUUAUGGGAAAGAAUGGUUCCGGGAAGAGCACAUUUUCCAAGGUUCUUGUUGGCCAUCCAGAUUAUGAAGUGACCGGAGGCAGUGUUGUGUUUAAAGGGGAGAACUUGCUUGACAUGGAGCCAGAGGAAAGGUCUCUUGCUGGGCUUUUUAUGAGCUUCCAAUCCCCAGUUGAGAUCCCAGGUGUGAACAAUAUUGACUUUCUUAAUAUGGCAUAUAAUGCUCGAAGGAAAAAACUUGGUCUUCCAGAGCUUGGACCAAUUGAGUUCUAUGCUUACCUGUUUCCGAAACUCGAGCUUGUGAACAUGAAGAGUGACUUUCUUAACAGAAAUGUAAAUGAAGGAUUUAGUGGUGGUGAAAAAAAGCGCAAUGAAAUUUUACAACUUGCAGUUCUAGGUGCAGACUUGGCCAUAUUGGAUGAAAUUGAUUCCGGGUUGGAUAUUGAUGCACUCAAAGAUGUUGCAAAAGCAGUAAAUGGGAUCUUGACACCAAAGAACUCUGUUUUGAUGAUUACUCAUUAUCUACGGCUUUUGGAAUUUAUUCACCCUACAUAUAUCCAUAUUAUGGAGGAUGGUAGAAUUGUAAAGACAGGGGAUAUCUCUAUAGCAAAGGUUCUUGAAAAGGAAGGUUACAAGGCAAUUACUCCCUCUUAACUUCAGGACAAUCACUAUAGUAUGGGCCAUUUGGCUUGAAGAGCAAAAUAUAUAAAGUUUUGCCGCUUGCGGGCCAACAUGGAAUGGAAUGCACUUCCUUUUGCAUCAACUGUUGAAAGGACCUCGGAGCCUUCUGCAUUACUUCAAAAAGAGUCCUGUAUACUUUACCCUUGUGGCGUUAUUGUAUAUUAUCUUCUUGUUGCUGGCAUAUUGACUUGCUUCCUUUGGCAAAGUUUUGUAUUCUUUUGGCACUGAAGUUAGGUCCUAAUCCUGUAAUGCCUGCACAACAAAAUUGUUGGCAAGAUUGUGACUUUUCCAAAUGAAUCAACUUUCCUGUAGUGGAUGGCAGAUUAAUGUCAACCAUCAACCAGAAGUUCCUGGAAAUUUGCACAGGUUGUUUUUGUC